GGCAUAGAUAAGAAAAAGUAAUUUGAAUACACGUCAACGAAAGAUCUUCAUAAAUUGGUUUUACUUAUUUAAUUAAAAAUGCAGUAUUUUAUUAAAAUAUCGCCAUGUAAAUAGAAUGAUUUUUAUAUUCAUUAAUUUACUUAAAAAUGGGUGGUUCACAAAGUAAUCCUAUACCAGGAGGUGGUACCGAAGGAUAUCAUAUUUUAAAAGUGCAAGAAAAUUCUCCCGGUGAAACCGCUGGCUUGGAAGCUUUCUUCGAUUUCAUUGUCGCUAUAGGAAAUACUAGACUAGAUCAAGAUAAUGAAGUGUUGAAAACAACGCUGAAUAAUAAUGUCGGUAAAGAAAUCAAACUAGUUGUGUAUAGUAGUAAAACGCAGUCAGUGCGUGAAGUAGACGUUACUCCGAAUAACGACUGGGGUGGUCAUGGUAGUUUGGGUGUUAGUAUAAGAUUUUGUUCAUUCGAUGGUGCUUAUGAAAAUGUUUGGCACAUUUUGGAGGUACAUCCUCAAUCACCGGCCGAACAAGCUGGUUUGAGAGCUUUUACCGAUUAUAUAAUUGGUUCUGAUUCGGUUCUGCAUGAAAGUGAAGAUUUAUUUUCGUUGAUCGAAGCUCACGAAGGUAGACCGUUGAAGUUAUACGUUUAUAAUUCGGAAGAUGAUACUUGUCGAGAAGUUACAAUUGUUCCGAAUUCUGCUUGGUCUGGUGAAGGAAGUUUGGGAUGCGGUAUUGGGUACGGAUAUUUACACAGAAUACCCAUCAGAAACGCUGUCGAUAAAACCGAGAGAAAGAGGAAAACUUCGAAUAUUCCCAGUCCUCCUCUGAUCAAACCUGCUACAUUUCAGCUACCAAAUGCUGUACCGAGUAAUGAACCGCUUACGGAUCCAAGUAUUGUAAAACCUGUUGAAAAUCCCCUCAACGGUACCGAUACAAAUGCUACACAGCCUACUGAUCUAAACCCGACACCGAUUCCGGCUCCAUCUCCGCUUCAAAACGUUGCUCCAGCUUAUACCUCACCGGUACCGAUUUUCUCGACAGCUAAUCCGACUUCGAUUCCUUCACCUAGUGAAAAUUCUAUUCCUCAAAAUACCUCAGUUCCGACCUACAGUCUCCCAGGACAACCUCAAAUACCCGUUCCCGCAGAGAACACAUCUAAUGUGCAAUUUUACUCCGUUCCGGCUACGUCUCAAUACCCUGCUCCUUCGCCAGCUACUUCUCAAUAUCCUGCUCCUUCGCCAGCUACUUCUCAGUACCCUGCUCCUUCGCCAAAUAUGCCAUUCUACCCUACAUCCACAUUUUCAUCGAAUUAUUCUCCCGCUGCUCCCGCAGCUCCGGUCACAUCGUAUCAAAUGUUUAACCAAUAUACCCAUUCAACCGCUCCGUUCGUUUCAUCUGCUCCGAUGUCAUCUACGGUAACCAGUUCACCGUCACCUGCAGUUUUUCCAGGCAGUAUAGGUCCACCUCCUACUUCUGGAUACGUUUCGGCGCAUGCUAAUCCAUUACAGGGAGGUUAUCGCGCACCUGGUCAACCGGCUGGAAUUAGUAGCUAUUUUAAUCGAGAACCUUUACCAGUCAGGAGUGGAAAUGAAACCGCGGGUACGAUGAGUGGAAUAAAUCCGUCAUUUUCGCAGAUCGCUGGCAACCCUUCUAACGGGGUGCAAGGUGUUUCUGUAACGACACCUAUAUCGUUGCCUGGAAUGCCGCCUAUAACUGUUAGCGCCACUUUGCCUUAUUCAGCUAUCGAGGGAUUACACAUCGAUGCUUCGAAACAAGCGACUUCUUCGGCUGCGGCGGUUUAGUUGUCAAGAGUAUUUUUAAUGAAUGAGAUAUUUGUUGUACUUUAUGUGAAUAGUUAUUUUUGUCAAAAUAUUUAUUAUUUUAUAAUAUUACAUAUGAUACAAAAUGUGGCA